AUGUGCAUCGUUAAUACAACAUCUACUGAUGCUGAUAUUGAAAUACAUGGAUGGGUGAAAUCCGUACGGGUGCAAAAAAAUGUUUCAUUUGCCGAAAUUAAUGAUGGUUUAAGUUUUCGUGGAAUCCAAGCGAUUCUCACCAAGGAACAAGCUAAAGAGUUAACCACAGGAACUUCGGUUAAAUUGCGAGGACGACUUGUGGAAAGUAUCGGUAGUGAACAAAACAGAGAAUUGCAAGUGGACCAAGUCGAAAUAUUGGGAAAAUGUGAUGCGGCUACGUAUCCCUUACAAAAGAAACAUCAUAGUUUCGAUUACUUGAGAGAAAUAUCACAUCUUCGUCCAAGAUCAAAUACAUUCUCCGCAUUGGCACGAGUUAGAAAUUGUGCAAUAACUGGAUUCGAAAAUUUCUUUCAAAAAAAUGAAUUUCUACGCGUGCAUACACCAAUUUUGACUGCAUCAGAUUGCGAAGGAGGAAGCAAAGUUUUUAAAAUAUCCACGAGUCAUCAACCAGUGAGGCCUACUGCAUGUAAUUCUAGCGGAAAUAAUUUAGAGUAUUUUGAUAAGCCGGUAUAUUUGACCGUGUCAGGUCAACUUCACGCAGAAAUUAUGGCAUCGUCUCUAUCACGUGUAUACACAUUUGGCCCUGUAUUCCGGGCUGAAGAAUCUGUCACCUCAAGACAUUUAGCUGAAUUCUGGAUGCACGAAGCAGAAAUAGCAUUCCUAACACAAUUAGCUGAUCUUUUAGAAUUUACUGAAGAAUGUAUUCGUUCUACGACUACACACAUUUUGGAAAGCCUAUCGACCGAUAUUGACUUUUUUAGGAAAUGGAUAGAUGCACAUUUAAUAAGUCGUCUUGAAUCGUUGAAUGGAGCUCAGUUUACACGAAUGACAUACACAGAAGCUAUCAAUAUUCUGUCAAAUUCGAAACGAAAAUUCGAGUUCACACCAAAAUACGGAACUACGCUCAAAAGUGAACAUGAAAAAUUUUUGGCAAAUGAGCAUUGUCGAGCGCCUGUGUUUAUCACUGAUUAUCCAAAAUCAAUUAAACCAUUUUAUAUGCGUAUGAAUAAUGAUGGAGAAACUGUUGCGUGCUUUGAUUUGUUAGUUCCGAAAAUCGGUGAACUUGUGGGCGGUAGCUUACGUGAAGAAAGGUAUGAACAACUUGAAUCCCAGAUGAUAGAGAAAGGUUUGAAUGUCGACGAAUAUCAAUGGUAUUUAGAUUUAAGAAAAUAUGGGAGUGUGCCUCAUGGUGGUUUUGGGAUUGGAUUUGAUCGUUAUUUACAAUUCGUCACCGGAAUUGAUAAUAUCCGUGAUGUCGUGGCGUUUCCACGAGCUGUGGGUCAAUGUAGAUUUUAA